AUGGCGGCCAGCAAGGCGUCCCGCAUCGGGGAAGAAACUCGUAUUGACAAGGUGAAUGCCGAGUUGGUAACCUUGACGUACGGAACUAUUGUCGCACAACUAUGCAAGGACUUCGAGGACGACUACCCAGAAGUCAACCGACAGCUUGACAAGAUGGGCUACAACAUUGGGUUGCGACUCAUUGAGGAUUACCUGGCCAAGUCGAAUACAAUGAAGCGCUGCGCCAACUUCCGCGAAACGGCAGACAUGAUUUCAAGGGUUGGGUUUAAAAUAUUCCUCAAUAUUACACCGCAGGUGACGAACUGGACGACCGACAACAACUCCUUCUCACUAGUGUUUGACGAGAACCCGUUUGCCGACUUUGUUGAGCUACCAGACGACGGAAGGGCACAGAACGAGCUCUGGUACUCAAACAUCUUGUGCGGAGUCUUGAGAGGCGCCUUGGAGAUGGUUCAGAUGCAAGUGGAAGCGCACUUCAUCAGCGAUGUCCUGAAGGGCAACGAUACUACGGAGAUGCGGGUAACCUUGAUACGCUAUAUCGACGACGAGCUGCCGCCAGAAGACGAUUGA